AUGUCAGUGUUUGACUGCUGCUUCUCCACUGAUUCUUUAGAAGAAGAAAACUACAAAGUUUAUAUAGCGGGAGUAGUCAAUCAGCUACAGGAGCACUCCCCUGACGCAUCCUCUCUUGUGUUUAAUUUCCGUGAAGUUGGUACUCCAAGUGCGAUCGAUGAUGUCUUGUCAGAACAUGGUUUGACCGUAAUGGAUUAUCCUCGCCACUACGAAGGCUGCUCACUGUUGCCUGUGGAAAUGAUGCACCAUUUUCUCCGGUCAAGUGAAAGUUGGCUCUCCCUCGGCCCAAACAACUUGUUGCUGAUGCACUGUGAACGCGGUGCUUGGCCAGUUUUAGCAUUCACUCUAGCUGCACUCCUUAUAUACCAGAAGCAGUACAGUGGUGAGUACAAGACCUUGGACAUGAUGUACAAGCAGGCUCCGCGCGAGCUUCUGCAUUUGUUCUCACCGUUGAACCCAAUUCCUUCUCAGCUACGCUAUCUGAAGUACGUGUCGGGAAGGAAUCUGUUUUCUGAAUGGCCUCCUCUGGAUAAGGCUCUCACCAUGGACUGUGUUAUUUUGAGAUUUAUUCCUGAUGUUAGUGGACAAGGAGGCUGUCGUCCAAUCUUCCGCGUGUACGGUCAGGAUCCGUUCUCUGUAGAUGAUAAAAAGCCCAAGCUUUUGUACUUGACUCCCAAGAAAGGGAAACACCUGAAGAACUACAAGAAGGAAGAAUGUGAACUAGUCAAGAUUGACAUUAAUUGUCAUGUGCAAGGUGAUGUCGUGAUUGAGUGCAUCAGUUUGAACGAUGACAUGGAAAGAGAGGAGAUGCUGUUUCGAGUUGUUUUCAACACAGCCUUUAUUAGAUCAAACAAUUUGAUGCUCAACCGUGACGAAGUAGAUACAUUAUGGCAUAUAAAAGAACAACUCCCAAAGGAGUUCAAAGUUGAGCUUCUCUUCUCGGAUAUGGAUGCUGCCUCGUCUGCCGACUUGAUGGAAUUAGCUAUUACAAACACAACUAACCAGGAUGCAACAGAGUUGUUACGUCAAGAGUCACCUUCUCUCAAGCCUGUGCAUCAUUCUGCAACAGUUAAACCGUCGUUUCCUCCAUCAGGAGCUCCUCCUCCACCUUCUCCUAUUCUAACUGUUGCUUCUCAACCUUCAGAGCAACUGCAGCAUUCUCUUGUCCAACCGGCAGAGACUCUUUCGCACGGAAAUUCCUGGGUGUCAUUAGCUGCAUCAACAUUACAACAAACUACUCCAAACGAAAAACUUCCCAUUACACUGCCUCCAACAUCCCAUGUUUCUUCUCAGGAGUCUUCUCAAACAACAAGUUCAUCGCCAGUUCCGUCCGUGUCUAACUCAAACAAAACAUCUGCGUUGCCUCCUCCUCCUCCACUGCAGCGUUCAGACCAGAAUACAGUCGCUAGAGUUUCUCCCCCACCCCCAGCACCAGCUCCUCCCCCGCCAACAGGACCACCUCCACCACCAUUAGGUCCGCCUGGGCCACGGUCAGUACCACAAGCUCCUCCGCCGCCAACAGGACCACCUCCACCACCAUUAGGUCCGCCUGGGCCACGGUCAGUACCACCACCUCCUUUUAAAAAGGUAGGUCCUAUUGUCCCCUCGAAACCUGUGGUACCAACCAUAAAGUUGAAGCCGUUCUACUGGUUGAAACUGACAAAAGCUGUCAUUGGAACCGGGAGCAUUUGGGCUGAAACACUAAUGUGUGGUGGAGCUUCUAAGGCUCCUGACAUUGACAUGGCACAGCUUCAAAUUUGUUUCGCCGCAGCUACUCCAUUGAAGAAGGCAGUAACAGUAGUACCAGUUAAACCCAAGAUCGUCCGACUGAUAGAUAGCAAGCGAGCACAAAAUUGUGAAAUCAUGCUUUCAAAUGUGAAAGUACCUCUGCAGCUUUUGAUGGACGCAGUGCUUAACCUUGAGGAAGCGGCUCUUGAUGCUGAUAAGGUUGAGAACCUGAUCAAGUUUUGCCCAACACCAGACGAAGUGAAAUCACUAAAGGCUUACGAUGGUGACAAGAACAUGCUUGGGAAAUGCGAACAGGUUUCUCAGCUCAGUGAUAGUCUAAGUGUUGUGAACUCUGCAGCAGAACAGAUAAAGAAUUCUGAAAAAUUCAAAAGAAUAAUGCAGACGAUUUUGGCCAUUGGGAACGCUCUAAACCAGGGGACGACUAGGGAUGGAGAGAAAGAUAGAGAUCUGAUGGACUCUCUGCAGAUUCUUUCUGAGAAAAUUCCUGAAGUUUUAGAUUUCGCAGACGAUCUAUUCUUACUGGAGCCCGCCACAAAGAUUCAACUCAAGUUUUUGACAGAGGAUAUGCAAGCGACAAACAAGGGGCUGGAGAUUGUCGUACAGGAACUCUCCACGUCCGAAAAAGAUGGCCCAAUCUCAGACAACUUUAACAAGGUAUCUUUGUCAUUGAUUACUUGCUGCCUCUUCAAAGCUUUCUCAAAGGAAACAGAAUAA